AUGGACGAAAUAUUAGCAAAGGCAGGAAGCCAGGCGGUUACGUUCGCAAUAAGAUCAGGCAUCUCGAUCGCGUCAAGCUAUGCCAUCAAGACUGUGGCUACUUUUGUCACGAAAAUACCCGAAGCAGAUGCAUCGAGGAUCCAAAAGCUGAGGCACAAGCUAGAGACACGCAUGGAGAUUGUAUCAUCCGCCAUAGACCUCAUUAAGCUAGUUGCUGCGAAGGGUAAUACCAACCUGGGGAGCACUUUGAGAUUAACCAGGGAUUUGAAAGAAGAAAUAGACCAAUUUGACUACAAAAUUUCUGAGAUCACCAAUAACUUCCAAGCAAAAAAAAACCAAAGAGACUCUAUUGCAGCGGUUGAGACUUACAUUGCGGAUCUGCUGUCUAGGAUUGAAGAAGUCAUUCCAUUGAUCAACCUGUCUUUGACUACAUCAGGUGCAAAGUUAAGCACCGCGCUUCCACAGUAUGUCUCACCUGGGCGGUUUCUCCAAGCUUCAAAUCAUAUCAUUGAAAACAACAAGGACUCAAAACAGACAAAGCAGUCUCAAGUAGGACCGACCUUCGAGCUCACUAUGUUUUCCAUUUUCUAUAACGUGGCGUCGCCUGAGGCUAGUUCGCGUGUUACCUGGAAAGAGGAUAUGAGAAAGGCUAUGUUUACCAUAUGGAGGAAGCCCAAAGCUGACCGCGAAUAUGAUUACUUGAUAAAGAUUAAAGAGAGCUUCGAUGACGGGCGGUACCACGACACUCAAGAGGAAACUCCAAAACUCAUAGAACUCGAUAUCUGGCAGAUAACAAAACUGUUUUUUACAGCUUCUGGAAAGCUCCUAAAGCUUGAAGAGCGCAACUCCCCAGUCCUUGUCUUAAAGGUUGAUAAGGAUUUAAAGAGCCCGCUUGCAACGGAUCAUGGGACGUCCACCGAGAACAUAGAAUGGAUGGCUUUUGGCGAAUGUGAUUACAAUGAUGACGCGGAUGAAAGCGAUGACUCCACCGCUGAAGAAGAAGAUGAUGAUGACAACACCGAUGCGAAGUAUAGCGAGGCUACAGAGGAUCCGUUAUCAAUAAGCCAAUCGAUUUCUCUGCUAGAGUACAUCAUCCGAUUAGCGUCGUUACAGUGCAACGACCAACAAAGCAUCUUGCAGGUACAUGAUGAAAGGUUGUCACUAUACCUCAAUGAUGAAAAUCCAAACUCCAUCAAAGCUAAACGAUACAAUCUGGACCAAGUAACGAAAAAGUUGAAAAAGAUUGACUUGGAGGAGUGA